AUGUCUAAAAUAACAACAUUUUUCUCGAAGACUGUGUCUACUACCGCUACUGUGUCAUCGUGUACGCCUGGUAGUAGUGAGACUGUUGAGAGUGACGAUAGUGUAAAUCUGAAAAGAUUACACAAUGCCGAAGAUGAUGUGCAACAUUUAAAUAAAAAAUUGAACACUGAGAUUAUAAAUGUUGAUAACUUAAUUACUAUGCCUAAUGACAUAUAUUUAUUUGUCAAUCGUUCCCUAAGUGACGAAGAGAAAAUUCUGGUUUUAAAAAAUGUCUGGAUUCCGGCAAAAAAUUUUGAUUUUCCUGUACAAAAUAAAUGUAUGAAAAAAAAAUUAAAAUUCCAAUAUUCAGGGCUAGAAAAAUAUUCAUGGUUGGUUUAUUCAAAAAAAGAUGAAGGGGCUUACUGUCGGCACUGUGUAGUGUUUUCCAAACAUGGAGGAGUUGGAAACCAAUUAUUGGGGCACCUUGUACUAACACCAUUUUGCAAUUAUAAAAAUGCCCUCAAAGCAUUUCAAGAUCAUGCAAAGACUUCCUACCAUGCAUCAUCUGUUUUAAAGUCCCAGAAUUUUUUAAAUAUUAUUGAUCACACACAGCCAUCAAUAAUUGAACGCAUAGAUACAAAUCGAUUGGCUCAAGUACAACAAAAUAGGAAAAGAUUAGUUCCUAUUAUUGAAUGCGUUUUGUUGUGUGGAAAGGAAGAAAUUCCUCUACGAGGCCAUCGAGACUUUGGGAAAAUAGUGAUUGAUGAUAUGAACUCAAGGGAGGGUAAAUUUCGUGCUAUUUUAAAGUAUAGAGCGAAAGGAGAUGAAUAUUUAAGAAACAUGUUAGAAGAUGGUGGUAAAAGAAAUAAAUAUACCAGUCCUAUAGUCCAAAAUCAAAUAAUUGAGGCUUGUAAUAAAAUUAUACUUAAAAAGAUAGUUGAUAGAGUAAAUUCAUCUAAAUGUUUCUCUAUAUUGGCCGACGAAACUACAGAUGUAGCCACUAAUGAACAACUAUCUUUAAGUGCACGUUAUGUGGAUGAUAAUGAUAUUUUGCACGAAGAUUUUCUUCAAUUUUUUGAAAUCAAUAGUUUGACUGGAUCAAAUUUAGCUUCGUCUAUAUUGAAUGGUUUAAAUAGCUGUGGUAUUGAGUGUGACUACUUGUAUGGACAAGGCUAUGAUGGAGCCAGUAAUAUGGCAGGGAAAUUUAAUGGGGUCCAAGCUGUGAUUAGAGCUACACAUCCAAAAGCACUUUAUGUGCAUUGUGCAGCACAUUCAUUUAAUUUAGCCGUAUGUACAUCAAGUAACAUACAAUCUGUUAGAAAUUGCUUAGGAAUAGUUGAGCGACUGUAUGUGUUUUUUAACACACCUAAAAGGAAAAAUGCAUUGAUCAAUGAAAUUGAAAAAAGCGACUCCAUACCUAAUUCAAAUGCUAGGACCCUUAAAAGACAAUGCGCAACAAGAUGGGUUCAAAAAUAUGAGUCAUUAAAUGACUUUGUUGAGUUAUUACCAUUUGUAGUAAAAACACUAGAAACAAUUUAUUCUACGUGGGGUGUGCCAUCUUCUAUUGAUGCUAAUGUUUUAUUAAAAAGUGUAUUGGAUUCUGAGUUUCUGGUUUCUUUAUAUGUUACAAAGAUAUUUUUUGCCUUUGGAUUGCCUUUGUGUAAACAACUACAGAAAGGACGGAUAGAUUUAAAAACUACUUUAAGUACUAUUGAAUUAUUAGUUAAUACUUUAAAAGAAAUGAGACAGGAUGCAGAAAAAGAAUUUCAUAUUUUAUAUGAGAAAUUAAAAAAUUUGGCAAAUGUUAUUGGCACAGAAAUAACCAAAAAACGCACAGCAAACAAACAAACAAAUAGAGCGAAUCCUCAAGUAUCCUCUGUAGAAGAUUAUUAUAGAGUGACAGUGUUUAUGCCAUUUAUUGACAAUUUUAUCAACCAACUUACAACUAGAUUUUUAAAUCAUAAAUCCGUUUUUGAAGGGUUUGAAUGUUUAUUUAGCUUAACAUUUACUGAUGCAGAAAAAAUAUCAUUUGAGAAUUUGGUUGAGUUUUAUUUACCACCAGUUGAACAUGAUAAUGCUUAUGUCGAAAUUAAAAUGUGGAAAUUAAAAAUAACAAGUCAAGAUGUAAACAUGAAAAGUGGGUUAGUGGCACUUUUGAGCUGCCCAAAGAUUGACUUUCCAAAUAUACACUUUUUAAUUAAAUUGUUUUGCACAUUACCGGUGUCAACAGCAACACCUGAAAGAUCUUUUUCAACCUUGAAAAGGUUGAAAACAUAUCUAAGAUCCACAAUGAACGAAACGAGGCUAAAUGGACUAGCUAUGAUGUCUAUUCAUCGGGACAUACAUCUAGAUGUUGAUGAAAUAAUUAAUGAAAUGUCAUUAAGUCCUAGAAAAUUGGAUUUUGUAAUAUAA